CAACCAGCCCAAAAACGAGCGCGCUGCCAUGUUGAAUUGUCAAUUUUCUAAAAGAAGAGACAAAAGACUUACAACUCAGUGGACUUAUUUAAAUAGCGAGUAUUUACGUUACUUUAUUAACCUGCCGAAAUAAGGCUAAGCGUCGUCAAAAAGGAAAACUGUGAGUGGAUGUGUGGUGGAAGUGAAGGUGGCAUUUGUCUCCGACUUAGAUAACCUGGAUUUUGUUAUUCAACGUUCUCCAAGCACUGUGCAUUUUUUUCUUCUCAAGUUUUUGCUGCAGAAGUAAAGGAAACCCCUUCAGAGAUUUACGUUGGACUGUUCAAUAUCAGCUGAAGUGACUUUUUGAGCCAGUAUUAAACUCCACUCUACAGUAUUAGUACAACAAAAACAUCCUGAUACUACUGUUCUGAAUUUAUACAUGGUCAGACUUUGAAAACCAAGAUUUCAGUGUCUUGGGCCGUACAAGGAAAACUAAGAAUUGUUAUUUCAGAAAGAAUAAACUACUUAGAGAGGCAACUGAAGUUUCUUUAGUGACAUAUUUGCUUUAUUUAUUCAUGUGAAUGUUUAUUUCUCCCUUUUUUGGAGAGUGUCUUGUAAAUAGACAGGAUUCAUAUGCAGACUUCUUCUUUUCAAGAGGUCUGAACAUUGAAUUGUGUACUUAAUACAUUCUUUACAACAAGAAGUAUAGGAAAAAUACAUUUCUAUUUUUACAGUGUAUAAAGGUAUUUUUCACUCAGAGGCAUCAAGUAAAACAGAAAGAAGAAAGAGAUACAAACAUUGCGAACUGUGAGGAACGUUUGUCCUGAAUUUUUGAGAAGCAACUGAACCCAUGGCUACUGCAAGGACAGCAAGUCCAGCAACUAUGAUUGGAGUCAACAAACCAACAAAUGGGCAUUUCAAAGGACAGACCAAGCCAACUGGCCAGCAGUCAGGACUCCAUGGAACUAGCCAACUGCCCAGUGCACCCAUUAUAAGGAGCAGCAUCCCUCAGAGUAGUGGUGGCAUCAAGUUUGGUGAUGAUUGGAAGAAGUGCCUGGAACUUCCACAGAAGGACAACAGAGUGAAAACUUCGGAUGUCACAUCAACUAAAGGGAAUGAAUUUGAAGACUACUGCCUUAAGCGGGAACUUUUAAUGGGAAUCUUUGAAAUGGGGUGGGAAAAACCCUCCCCUAUACAGGAGGAAAGCAUUCCAAUUGCACUGUCGGGCAGAGAUAUUUUGGCUCGGGCCAAAAAUGGCACGGGAAAAAGUGGAGCCUACCUCAUUCCUCUCCUGGAGAGGAUAGACCUGAAAAAGGAUCACAUCCAGGCUAUAGUAAUGGUCCCAACAAGAGAGUUGGCGUUACAGGUGAGCCAAAUCAGCAUUCAGAUCAGCAAACACCUAGGAGGGGUGAAGGUCAUGGCGACCACAGGUGGAACCAACUUGAGGGAUGACAUCAUGCGUCUUGAUGAGAUAGUACAUGUAGUGAUUGCUACACCAGGGAGGAUACUAGACUUGAUCAAGAAGGGUGUGGCCAAAGUGAAUAAAGCCCAGAUAAUGGUGAUGGAUGAGGCAGAUAAGCUGCUGUCUCAGGACUUUGUCAUAUUGAUUGAAGAUAUUAUCAGCUUUUUGCCAAAGGACCGCCAAAUCCUGCUUUACUCUGCUACUUUCCCCAUCAGUGUGCAGAAAUUUAUGAAUAAGCACCUGAAGAAGCCCUAUGAGAUCAACCUGAUGGAGGAACUGACCUUGAAGGGAAUCACACAGUACUAUGCUUACGUGACCGAAAAACAGAAGGUCCACUGUCUCAACACACUCUUUUCUAGGCUUCAGAUCAAUCAGUCCAUCAUCUUCUGUAACUCCACCCAAAGGGUAGAGCUUCUGGCCAAGAAGAUCACCCAGCUAGGCUAUUCAUGCUUCUACAUUCAUGCAAAGAUGAUGCAGGAGUACAGGAAUCGUGUGUUCCAUGACUUCAGGAAUGGUUUGUGUAGAAACCUGGUCUGUACAGACUUGUUUACUCGGGGAAUUGAUAUCCAAGCAGUAAACGUGGUCAUCAACUUUGACUUCCCUAAGAGUGCAGAGACCUACCUACACCGCAUUGGCAGAUCAGGGCGCUUCGGUCACCUUGGGCUGGCCAUUAAUCUGAUAACUUCAGAUGACCGCUACAACCUGAAGAGUAUUGAGGAUCAGCUGGUCACGGACAUUAAACCCAUCCCUGGGAGCAUCGAUAAGAGUCUGUAUGUGGCAGAGUAUCACUCUGUUGACCCAGAUGAUGAUGAUGGCAGCGAUGGGGGACUCAAAAACAAGGAACAAGGAGCAGCCUGAAGGCACGGAAACGAUGGCGCCUGGCAUUCAUCAGCAUUUGGUGACACACAAAAUUCUAAGUGAAGACACCUGUUACAUAAUUUAAAUGGUCUGUAUUGGAUUCAUUUUUACUUCCCUUUUUGCAUUUGAAGCGAUCUCCCAGUUUCAUAUGUGCUUUGCACUUGCUAGCCCCAGUUUGUGCCUGUUUACCAUUCCCUCACACUGGAGUUGCAAUGUUAAGUCAACGAGACAUGAAAACAUUAACACUCACUGAUCAACAAACAUCCAGCAGGGUUAUGGAUUAAAACAUCAAUUCUGAAAGCAUUUUAGGAAUCCUCAGUCUCUUUCAGCUACGUGUGUGUGUAUAUUAAAAAUUCUAUAUUGAACAAGAAUAUGGAAAAAAAAGUCAACCCUUUUCUCAGUAUCACUGUUAUCUUUCCUUUUGUAGGCUACACAAAAUCCUGAUUGAAGGCUCUUUUUUUGUUCUCCAGUGGAAAGUUCUCUUUUUUUCUGUUAGUCUUUUUGGAUCCCUAAAACAUUGUUUUGUGUGUGUGUGUGUGUCCCAGUUGACUUGCCACAAUGUGAGAGAGAAGCAAACUGGGGCUAUGUAAAUGCCAUCUUACUGGUAUCUCACUGAAAACUAUCAUUCUGCCACGUGAUCUACAUUAUGAUUGUGUUGCAACUCUGUCAUUGAAUUUACUUUUGACAACUGAUGGAAACUUUUUUGCGCUGUGAUGUAAACAUGAAUGUGAAUCUAAUGUUGGACUUACAUGAUAGGGCCCAACUCACAUACCUGCUGUGUAAAUAAACAACACUGGCGAUGUUCACAUCCUGCUGGCAACCUUUAUGAGCAGAUGGUUCAAAAGUCCAGAAUGUAAGAUUAAGUAGCAUCUAGCACGGAUGUCAAAUCUCAUGAACCUAUAAUUUAUAUAGAAUUCAAACACAGAAAAAGCAAAUAUUUAAAUUGAGGAAAUAUACCAUUAAAAAAAAAAAACAACUUUUGGAUUUGGUGGCAACAUCAUGUCUCCAAAAAGUGAGGGCAAGACCAUGUAUCCCACUAGCAUCCCCUCUUCUUUUAACAGUAGUCUGGAAAUGUCUGAGAGCUGAAAAGACCAGCUGCUGGAGUUUGGGAGAAUGACAUCUCAUUUGUAUCCGAUACAGGAUUCAAGCAGCUCAGUCUUCCUGGGUCUUUGUUGUGUUUUUUGUUUCAUGCUGCUACAUUUUCAAUUGGGGAAAGGUUUGAGCUGUAGCCAUUCCAGUUCAGUUAUGGAUAUGCGUGUUGCUUCCAUCAAACUGAAAAAUGGUUUGUUUUUUUUCUUAAAAUGGUAUAUUUUCUCAUUUCAUGUUUUUUUUUUGUGUGCAUAAAAUAUAGGUUUGAGAUUUACAAAUCCUUACAUUCUGUUUUUAUUUACAGUGUUGUAACUCUUCGAACUGGCGUUGUCAUUUAAAAGAGUAUAAAUGCAGUUGUUUUUUUUUAAGGAAAAAAAAAACUUUUUUUAACUAAAGGCUUUGGAUUGGAUCCUGAACAUAAGGCUCCAUGAAGAAAAGCUCAGCAUCACAGUAAUUGGACAAGGCAUCUGCAGCUAAAUAUUUGCUCCUAUACACUGAUGAUUGUGAUGAAACAUGAAAUGGUGGUUAUAAUUUUUAAUAUUCUGCAUUUUAGUGUUAUUCAAACAGAAACAUAAAAAUCAUAUCAGUGACAGUUUUUUUCUCUCCUAAAUAACAGUGAGGAGACUUUUGACACUUUGUUGUAACUUCUUUAUCCCAUAUAGUUUGGCUGCAUUUUCUCAGGUCUAGAUACUAGAUGUCUGUCAUGUAUACCAGACCCACUCAGGAACUUUUUUGCAACAUACUUAGUCCAGCCAAUCUAUUAUACAAGUAAUCUUCAUGUAGUUUCUGUAUUCAUCCUACUUCCUUAAGUGCCUUAGUCUAAUUCCACACAUCUACUUACAAGGACCUUCUCCUGACUUUUCAAAGCACAUGUCCCCAGUAAAAAGCACAGCUGCACUGACAUCUGCAAUGGUGGUUGAAGGCUGGAUUUGUUUUUUGAAAGUUCCUCUUUUGUGAAUACAUUUCAGUUUUGGACUCGUGGACUUAAGGAUGUUUUCAGAAUGGGUGCAAAACUUGAGACCAUGUUUCUUCUGCUUCAUGAUUUGUGACCAGAUGUUCUGUAAAAAUUGAGGGAGAAAUUAUUUUCUGUUGAAUGUGUCAAUGCCAGCGCCUCAAAUGCAUUAAAAGUCGGAUUGACUGAC